AUUUUUGUUUAUUAUUCGGCCCGACUCGGUUUUCCGAAGCAUUUCUCAAAAAUCGGAGACCCUGCCUUUAAACAAGAAACAGAGCGUCCUUUAGGAGUGUACUCGAAGGGUGUGAAGGCCCCCUCCUGGAGUGACAGGGUGAAGGGGAGUCGGACUUUGGGUUAGUGACGGGGAAGCUGCUCUACAGAGCCUGUGUUAAGGUUUUAAAUAAGAAGAAGCCGAGUGGGAGCGUCGACACCCCAUGGAGAAGUGUUUUGGGUUUUAAUGCUGAUAUUAAACCAGAGUGGAGACACUGUACAAACCACCGUUACCCAAAAGAACUGCCGACCUCCAGUGGAGGAUUUUACAUGGUGUUAUCUCUGUGAAUGCUUUUAUUUCUGUUUUAAACCCUGAUAUUGCACAUGACUGUCCUUUUUGUUUACAGAGAGAAACAGUUUUUCAUGCUUUUAUUCGCUGCUCCAGGUUGCAGUCACUGUUUGUGUUUAUACGGAGCAUUUUAAAGUCGUUUUAUGUUGAUUUUACUGUUCAGUGUUUUAUUUUUGGUUUUAAAUACGUUAGGAAACAAAGGUUCAGGUGCCAACUGGUUAACUUUAUCCUCGAUCAAGCGAAGAUGGCAAUAUACCUGAGCCGGAAAACCCAGAUGGCACCGAACACUUACUCUCCAGUACAGACAACAGCACCUGUAGACUCUUCCUUGAUGGAUCCCAGCUCCUUGAUUUUAGAGGCUGGGGUUUGUAGUGACGACCCUGAGGCCUUUUUGGAUGAACUCAAGAGGAGAUUUGAGAAGGCGAUGGAGCUGAACAGACAGUUGGACAUAAACACCUCGUACAUGGCAGUCAGAGAGAAGGGACCGGGAGAACACAUCUCUCAGAUCCAGAAAGGCUAUAGAUACCUCAGGAGGAAACAUAAGAAAGUUGCUCAGGCACACAGACUUAUGAAGGUGCACUACACUGGGAUGGAGAGAAAGUACAAUGAGUUACUAAAGGAGCAUGAGCAAGAGAAGCUCUGUCUGGCUCAAGCGAUGGAGUCCAGGGCUAGGAUGGAGAACGAGAACAUUGAACUGCUCUCUCAGAUGAGUACACUGCGGUGCUCCAUGCAUCAACUAAAGCAAGAAGUCGCUGAAGUACAGAGGAUAUUUGCUGAAAAAAAGGAGCAGGAGCAAGUCUUGGGGGCUGAGACUUUUAAAACUUUGGAUCUCGGUCCAAAUUUAACGCACAAUGAAGAGAUACUUGUAAUGUCUCUGACUGAAAUUCAGACUAAGCUCACAAAAAUGGUGGAGUUAAAGUCUUUGUGUGACAAAAAGCGAGCUAACGUGUAUGACAAACUGUGUGCACUGCGACACACGGUGAAGGAGCUGGAGGAAAUGCUCUCUGAUUCCGAGAGGAAGUAUGACGCUGUAAAGCAGGAGAAUGAACAACGGAUGCAGGUCCACAAUAUUCUGAAGAUGAGGUACAAAAGGAUUCUGGAGUCUAUAACACAGUGCAAUAUGUUCCUAAUGAACUAUUACAAAGAGGAUGAAGAGGUUCUUGUCUAAUGCCACUGUGGGAUUAGAGUCAGUAUCCAGGAGCAACUCGGUGCAAAAAUAACGACCGAAUGAAAUGCAGAGGGUCACAGAGGACAAAGAAAGAAAGAAAAUAAUGAUUUGAAUGCUAUAUCCCAUUGAAUCGACUUGAUUUUUACUCCAAAGACGUUUUUCUUUCUCUAAUCCAUUUUCAUGGCCCCAUUCUUGCUCUUCUAAUUGAGGGUGAAUCCAAAAUGGUUGUGUUACAUUUAUAGUGGACUACAUAGGGCACUUUAGAGGGGGCAGGAGAAUGAGAACAGCACCACCUGAUCGAUCCGGUCCUGUAUCCUGGUAGGAAGCAAUGAUGUAGGAAACAACAACUAGUCACCGAAUCUGAUCAUUGCAGUUUUCUUUAUUCUGCAGCACUGUAAUGGCAUUUAACACACAUGUGCAUCUUUAUGAUGACAAAAACAAACAAAAAAAAUCACUAUUUUACAAUCAUAAUUUGUUCUUAAACCUCAGAAGAUAACAACAUAUGCUUUGUUUCACGAAAUAAAUUAUAUCUAUUUCUUGAUAAAUAAUUAUCUGUAUUUUUUAUAUAUAUAUAUAUAUAAAAGUAUAUUUCAGCUCCUAGUUGAUAAUAUUUGAUUAUGGAACUAUACACAUACAAAAAAGUAUGUACAUUAACACAUUGUUUCGUAUUUCAUUUUUCUCACACACACACACACACACACACACACACACACACACACACACACACACACACACACACACACACACACACACA